UCUCCCUCUCCCUCUGCCUCUGCCCCUUUCACACCCUGUCUCUCUCUCUUCCAAAAAGAAAGAAAGAAAGCUCUGGGAUGGGGGCCUGACUUCAGCUCGUUGCUUCUUAAGUUUGAGACUAUCUCUUCCAGCCAGCACUGCCUUCCUCUUUCCUUUCUGCAUUUCCCCCUUUAUCCCCAAAGGUCCUCCGAAGGUGGUGGGGUUAAUCCUCAGCCAGACUCUUCCAGAAGGCAUAGUGCCCUCCCCUUGCACCCAUUCCGCGGGGUGAAAGGUUCCCUUUCCUAAUGCCCCCCAGCCCCUCUUCCUACAACGUCAUUCUUAUGGAGACUGCAGGGAACAUCAAGGUAACUGCUUUCUCUCAGUUCAGCCCCCACCCCCCACCCCCCAUCCUACCCGCCCCGCCAAGGAUCCCGAGGGAGGGGCUGGCUGGCCUCAGACCAGGGCUGUGUGUAUUUCAGGCCACAGACAAGCGGAGGGCGCUGGAGGAGACCAUGGCCUUUACCACCCAGGCUCUGGCCAGCGUGGCUUACCAGAUAGGCAACCUGGCUGGAAACACCCUGCGGAUGCUGGACCUCCAGGCGGCCUCCCUGCGCAAAGUGGAAGCCCGUGUGAACACGCUGGGCCAGAUGGUGAGUAUGCAUAUGGAGAAGGUGGCCCGAAGGGAGAUCGGCACCUUAGCCACCGUCCAUCGGCUGCCCCCGGGCCAGAAAGUCAUCGCCCCGGACAGCCUCCCCCACCUCGCGCCCUACUAUAGGAGGCCGCUCAACUUCGGCUGCCUCGAUGACAUUGGCCAUGGGAUCAAGGAUCUGAGCACGCAGCUGUCGCGGACGGGGACCCUCUCUCGAAAGAGCAUCAAGGCGCCUGCCACACCCGCCUCCGCCACCCUGGGGAGGCCACCGCGGAUCCCCGAGCCGGUGCAGCUCCCGGUGGUGCCCGACGGCAAGCUCUCUGCCGCCUCGUCUGCCUCUUCUCUGGCCUCUGCAGGCAGCGCCGAAGGUGUCGCCGGGGUGUCCACGACCAAAGGGCCGGCAGCACCCCCGCCCCCACCUCUCCCCGGCCCCUCGGCUCCACCCCCUCCGCCGGCCAGCGACGUCUUCCUGCCGCCCCCUCCGCCGGAGGGCGUGUCGCUGCCCCUGCCGGCCCCAGAGCUGCCCCUGGACCUGCCCCCUCCCCCACCCCUGGAUGUAGAUGAGCUGGGGCCGCCCGAUCUGCCCCCACCAGGCUUCGGGCCCGAAGAGCCUAGCUGGGUCCCUGCUGCAUACCUGGAGAAAGUGGUGACCUUGUACCCGUACACCCGCCAGAAGGACAACGAGCUCUCCUUCUCUAAGGGCACCGUCAUCUGCAUCACGCGCCGCUACUCCGAUGGCUGGUGUGAGGGCGUCAGCUCGGAGGGGACUGGAUUCUUCCCGGGGAACUACGUGGAGCCCAGCGGCUGACAGCCCGGGGCUUUCUGAGCUCCUGCCCCAGGCACUGCGCUGCGCUCCCCGGGGCUCCAGUGCAAAGCCGGCUCCAGGGUCCGGGCUGGACGGGGCCUGCCCACCGGUGGGAGCUGCGCCAGUGCCUUCCCUCAUUCCGCGGGGAAGGGGACCUGGGGAGAGAACGGAUGUAUCCGAAGGCCUGCCGCAGACAGGAAGGAGCUGGAAGCCAAGGAGUCUGGUGAUCUUGUCCACGGAAGACCCACCGCUCCAAGCGGUUUUGAAUAAAACUCUGAUGACCUCCUGGUGAUCAACCUGCAAGGCUGGGGAGCCAGAGAGGCGGGAGUUUAAGACUCCGGCUAAUUAUUGAGCCCCCGCAGCUGCCGCUGGCAGCAGUCUCUCCCCAUCUCUUCGGCCCUCGUCAAGUGGCCUCUACACUAGACCCCUGAUGCCCCUCUGCAUCGACUGACUGAAUCUCGUUCUUUGGACUGUU